AUGAGCUUAACCAAAAUCUACCUCCGUUAUUAUCCACCAGGUUUGGCGCUCAAUUGUCGCACCGCCGAAGGCAAGGAAAUGCUGCAACACAUAGAUCUGCUGGACCUGAAAGCGAACACACGUGUGGAGAGAGUAAUGAAAAAUAUUGCAAACGAACUACAAAACUCAGUGAAAAGAGGUGAAAGAAAUUGUGACACUGCAGGACUCAAAUUUGCGGCUAGCGUCGAGAAUAAACAACAAAAGCACACAUUGAACUCACCAAAAGCGGACGAGAAAAGAACAACACCCGAUGCGACCUUCCUACAACAAAUCAUCGACAACUAUACGGAUCCAUUGCGGCAGGCCAUUGCGAAAUUGCAACGCAAAUUGUUGGAGCCCACACAAAAGAAGUUCUACUUGCAACGUCGCGUGGCACACCUGUUGCCACUGACCAACAUCUGUUUCGACAGAAGCGGUACGCGCUGCUUGACCGGCAGUUAUGACCGCAUUUGCCGCAUUAUCAACACACACGACGCCGUGGAGGAGCCGCUACUGCUGAAGGGGCACGAUAAUGUUGUCUUCUCCGUUGCCUUUAAUCAGCCCAAAUGCGACAAAGUGGUCACCGGUUCGUUCGAUGGCACCGCACGUGUGUGGCAAGCUUCGAAUGCUCAGUCGCUGUGCACGCUCUACGGCCACACAGCCGAGCUGGUGAUGGCCGAAUUCGAUCCCAUACAAUCGAGCAUGGUGACCACCGCCUCCAUGGAUGGCAGCGCGCGUUUAUUUGACAUCGAGACGGCCUUUGAGCUGCAGCAGCUGCGUCAGCAUGGUGCCGAAGUGAUAGCGAGUCGCUUCAGCCGUUGUGGCAAUAUGUUGCUUACUGCAUCCUUUGACAGCACGGCGGCCAUUUGGGAUAUACGGGCUGGCUGCCUCAUCUCACAACUGCGUGGCCACACUGCCGAACUGAGCAACUGUGUGUGGAAUUUCUCUUGUGAUCGCAUUGCCACUGCUUCGUUGGACAGCACCGCUCAGCUGUGGGAUGUACGUCGUCUAGAUGUACCGUUACACAACAUAACCGGACAUCGCGAGGAGGUGCUGGAUGUUUGCUUUGACCCAACCGGUUGUCGGUUGGCCACAUGCAGCAGCGACUGUACGGCACGCGUAUGGGACCUGCGUGGCGAAUUGGUGCAACUAUCCAUUAUGGAGGGUCAUAAAGAUGAGGUGUCGAAGGUUUGCUUUAGUCCGCCUGGCGCUCUGCUCAUGACUGCUUCUGCUGAUAACACUGCGCGCUUGUGGCUUACGGAGUCCGGUCAGUGUUCGCAGGUUUUGAGUGGCCAUGACUCAGAAGUGUUUUCGUGCGCAUUUAGCUAUGCUGGUGAUAUCAUAGUCACCGCUUCGAAAGACAACACUUGUCGCUUGUGGAGAUGAUACGACUGGUAUACAGUGGCAUUUAAUGAUGUGAAGUGAAGCGAUGUGGAUUAUAACUAAGCAAAAGUAGUGAAUGGUGUCUUAUAUGUUAUCUUUUUAUUUUGUUUAAGAUAUGAUAUUUGAAUUUGUUAUACAAUUUGUAGAAAUUAGUGACUCCAAAAAAAUAUACAUAAGUUAAUAACACAUAAGUAGAGCUUUGCAUGACGAGUUUAAACAACGUUAGAUAUCGUGAUUUUAGACCGAUUUCACCAAUUUGUACUAGA